GGCCGGCCGACAGACGUUCGGUGGUUCUCGGCAUCGGCGAUACGUUUUGCGGCUUAGUCGGACCAUGACGAUGUUUCGCUCCGGAGGCGAUAGUGCGCUGGCCCCGGGCACGGACCGGUGGUGAACGCAUCGUUCGUUUUUGUUCACGUUCGCACGGCUCCCCUCCCUCUGCAUCUGCGUGGUGCGCGCGCGCUAUCCCUCCACCCCUCACGCAGGGUGCCGUCAACUGCGCGCCACGCCGUCUUGUCCUCGGGACGUGUCCCUGUGACACGUGAUCCGCACGACUGGGAACAACGUUGCGCGGGAACCGUUCGUGCGCGUCGUACGUAAAAAAAGCGGUCACCGUCGGCGGUGUUACGGACUCGGUGCGCUUUUUGGGUCCACGCGAGAGCUGCUGAGGAACGGCAUCGGUAACACCGACCAGAUACACCGUCCGAGCGGAGACCACCGCGAUGGCCAUGUUCCGGUCGUCGUCGUCGCUGCACGCCGUAUUCGUUUACCUGUUACUCGUCCAUAUCGUCCGGAGCUUGCACAACGUGAGCAUACAUUUCAUACCGCCGGCAGUGGAAAGAGGACAAAAUGUCAUGCUCUACUGCAAUUAUGAUUUGGACGGGGCCCCAAUGUUAUCGGUCAAAUGGUACAGAGGAAGCCAUGAGUUCUACAGGUACUCCCCCGGGAUGAUACCCACAACGCAGACAUUUCCAUUUCACGGGCUUAAUGUCGAUUUAUCAGUAUCAAAUGCCACUCAAGUAUUUCUGCGUGACGUAGGUUUCAAUUUGUCUGGAAACUUAAGCUGUGAAGUAACAACUGACGGUCCUUCAUUCAAAAUUGCAAGCGCGUCCAAACGAAUCAUUGUUGUGGGUAAGUACAAUUCAAAUGCUCAUAAUUUAGCAGUUAAAUUUGAAAUUUAUCCAAGGUACAAGGCAGAAACGUUUAAUUUAAUGCUUUGGGGAGUAGAAUUAAAAGAAAAAACAUACUUAAACAAUGAGCCACUUUCAGAGUUGUCAGAUGAAGACUUUAUUGAUAAUGAUGAAGAUGUUAUAGAUUUCAAUGCACUAUAUUCAACUCCAAUUCAUUUCACAAAUUUUCAGAAUAGGAAGCAAGAACUGAAAAAAUACCUUAGAAAGCCAAGGAGUGCAAGCAAUGAAGACAUUUUAAAAUAA